AUGCCAGGAAGCAUCUACACCUAUAUUGACGAAAGUCUAACCCACUUGGAUGAGAAGCUAGAAGAAGAAAGCGCAAAAAUCUCGAAACAGGUCCCGCCUUUUUAUCGCCGGAUCUUGUUCCACCCAGCAUUGCGCAACUGGGUCAAAUGGAGCUUGCUCUUUUCCAUCUUCCGCGUCCAGAACCCCAUUCAAUGGGCAAACUUCCUCAGUUUGAACAAACCCAUACGUGAGCUUUUGCAUCAUUAUCACAGAAUACUCAUGAAGCUACUUUGGUUCUCGCCGAACGAUAAGCUGAGAUUUCAAGCUUUCAUUCAACACUUUUCCAACUUCAUCACUUGCACUUUUCUAUACUUUGCCACGGUUCGCAACAACCAGGUGCCCAAGGACUACUUCAUCGUGGAGUUGUUCAGUGGCUAUUACGGAGACUUGAAUCCACCUUCCAAAAGCCAGAUUCUAGUUGAGCCGCGGCUCUCCAAGUUUUUGAAAUUAUCCACUUAUAAGCAAACCAAGUGGUACAACUUGGUCAAAACCGGUUACGACCAUAAGGAAUACGUUAUUUUUCCCAUCUUGUUUGCCCAGAUCUUGAGCAACUACCUAACCCCCACCAAGUACAAACUCAACCAACGAUACUUGUCGCCCUUUAUCAAGCGCAACAUCCUCAACCCCAUCUGGAUCAAUUUCUCGAUGGGGAUCAACUACAACCGCAUGAACUGGGUGAAUCUCGCCACGACGUAUCUACUUCAAAACCUAGUGUUGAGCUUGGUGGUAGCAGGGUACAAUUUCAAAGAGUUGAUAUUGGACAAAUUCUACGAGAUUAAAUUCGGCAAGCGAUCAAAGCAAGAUGAAGUGGGGAUAAUUGAGAAUUUCGUCGCUUAUUGUUUCCAUCGAUCCAACGCCAUUUUGAACUUCAUCUACUGUCCCAAUUUAAUAUCGAUCUUCUUGUUAGCUGUCACGGCACCGGUGCUAAGACUCAUCAACCCGAUACGCGGGCGCAAGCCGGCGAAUGCGCUCCAGAGCUACUACAUCCGAAACUCAAAGUCGUUUUUCAAGACUUAUACCAAGCUAGUCGGGUUCACGGCGGCCUUGGCUACCCUCGGGUUGAACUCGUUGAACUUGGUGCCGGAUCUAUGGUUCGACAAAACUUUGGCUCAAAAGAUCCGGCUCGAAGAAGAGGAGAAACAAGCCUACGAUGAUGAAGAAAAUGAAGAAAAUAAAGAGGAAAAGGCUCCAAUACGACUCAUCUCGAAGGGGUUCUUGAAUGCACUAGAUUUGUACUUGUUCAGAGUCAUCCUUCUUUCCAAAUGGCGCAUUGUCAAAUCCAACCAUCCGUUCUUCAAACAGGUGAAAUUGAGCUGGUACAACAAAAUCGAGACGGCGUUGAUGUGCAUUGGGUUCUUCAAAUACAUGAACUUGAACAAUUUCAUCCAUGGCAAGCGGUCAGUUGAAAAAGACCGGAUAUCGGGAAACUCAACCAUGAGAGCUGCAAAUUUCGUGAUGCAAUAG